GUGACGUAGUCCGGGUCAUAGUUGUGUUACGCACUUGCGGGGCAUUAUCAGUUCGUUUCUUUUCUUCGUCAAGUAGCUCUUAGUGAUAAGAUUUCAAGAAAGUAAGAGAGACAAGGAAUAAAGUAAUUUUUUGUUCCCCAUACGACGGAGUCCACCCUAUUUUUUAAGUGGGAACAAUGGAUCCACCAAAAUCUUUGGAUGAGUUGGAACCAUCACAAAUUAAAUUGCUGAAAAACGCAUUUCAAGCAUUCGACUAUGAUCGUGAAGGUCUCAUUGACUGCGACCAAGUUUCCACAAUCCUGGAAAUGUUGGGACAGAAAUUGGACGAUAAGACAGUGAAGGGUCUCAUUCGUGAAGUGAAGAACGAUCCCAAGGCAACAAAGCUGAACUUCAAUGAAUUUGCAAUGUUAGCUGGCCGAUUUGUGGAAGUUGAGGAAGAUGUCAAUGCAAUUGCCGAGGAACUGAAGGAGGCGUUCCGGUUGUAUGAUAAGGAAGGUAAAGGAUAUCUCACUACAGAAGUCCUUAGGGACAUUCUGCAUGAGCUGGACGAUAAGUUGUCGAAUGAAGAUUUGGACAUGAUGAUCGAUGAGAUUGAUGCUGAUGGUUCCGGAACUGUUGAUUUUGAUGAAUUCAUGACAGUGAUGACAGGUUAAGUACAUUAAGUGGGUAGCGGUUUCUUCAUAAAAAAUAGAGAAAAAGUAUUCUCAUGGGAAGGGAAAUUAUCAAAAGAAUAUAAAUUGGGUUGAAAUAUAUAAAAUGUUGUGAAUAUAUUUUUAAUAUUCUUGAAAACAAUGUGAAAUAAAUAAAUUGAGGAAGAAACGUA